AUGGGCGCUGUGCCAUGGGGAGCAGCCACGGCGGGCAGCUCACCUGAGAUGCUGCGCUGCAGCGGCGGUAGCGGCGGCAGCCGCAGGGGGAGCGGAGGCGCCACUGGGGGAGCGACCCGCGCCGCCAUGGGUGCAGUGCUGGGUGCGGCGAAUGCACGGUACAGGCUGGGAUCGCUGCUGGGGCGCGGCGGCUUCGGCAGAGUCUUUGCGGCCACGAGGCUCUCGGACGGCGCCCCGGUGGCCAUCAAAAGGGUGCCACGGAACCGCGUCCGGCACUGGGGCGAGCUGCCCGACGGCACCAGCGCCCCGCUGGAGAUCGUGCUGCUGGCCAGGGUGUCCACUGGCUUCCCCGGUGUGGUCCAGCUGCUGGAGUGGCUCGAGCUCCCCAACUGCAUCGUGAUGGUGCUGGAGCGGCCAGAGCAGUGUCAGGACCUGCAUCAUUUCAUUCGGGCACGGCGGUUCCUGCCUGAGGAGGUGGCACGGGAGCUGUUCCGCCAGGUGCUGGAGGCCGUGCGGCACUGCACCAGCUGCGGGGUCCUGCACCGCGACAUCAAACCAGAGAACAUCCUGGUUGACCUGGACACCGGGCAGGCCAAACUGAUUGACUUUGGCUGUGGCACCUACCUGCAGGACACAGUCUACACUCACUUUGCAGGAACACUGUCCUACAGCCCCCCGGAAUGGAACGACUUUGGCUGGUACCAUGGCGAGGCAGCAACAGUCUGGUCCCUGGGCAUCCUGCUGCACCAGAUGGUCUGCGGGGAGCAC